AUGCGGCUCCCCUUUGCCGCCGCGAGCAUCGCCUCGCUGCUUCUAUCAUGCACCAUCCCCAUCUCCGUCGCCGGCGAACACACCUCCAACUGGGCCGUACUCGUGUCCACCUCACGCUUCUGGUUCAACUACCGACACCUCGCCAACGUCCUCUCCCUCUACCGAACAGUGAAACGACUCGGAAUUCCGGAUUCGCAAAUCAUCCUUAUGCUCCCGGACGACAUGGCCUGUAAUCCACGCAAUGCCUUCCCUGGGACAGUUUAUAGUAACGCCGAUCGAGCGGUUGACCUGUACGGAGAGAAUAUCGAGGUUGAUUAUCGCGGUUACGAGGUUACGGUCGAGAAUUUUAUAAGAUUGCUUACCGAUCGGCUGGAUGAGGAUGUGCCGCGGAGUAAGCGUCUGGGCUCUGACGCGGGCAGUAAUGUGUUGGUAUACAUGACUGGCCACGGUGGGGACAGAUUUUUGAAGUUUCAAGAUUCAGAGGAAAUUGGCGCAUGGGAUCUGGCGGACGCAUUUGGACAGAUGUGGGAGAAGAAGCGAUAUCAUGAAUUGCUUUUCAUGAUUGAUACGUGCCAGGCGAACACGAUGUACACGCAUUUCUACUCACCAAACAUUAUCGCCACGGGUUCCAGCGCGCUCGACGAAUCAUCCUACUCACACCAUGCAGAUAAUGACGUCGGCGUCGCCGUCAUCGAUAGAUGGACAUACUACGUCCUCGAAUUUCUAGAGACGCAAGUAACCUCACCAAACUCAAAACUUACACUCGGCGACCUAUUCGACUCUUACGACGAGAGCAAGAUCCAUUCCCAGCCUGGACUGAGAUGGGAUCUGUUCCCCGGCGGUGAGCAGGAGGGUCGUCUACGGACCGUGGUUGAUUUCUUUGGAAAUACGCAGAAUGUGCAGGUGGAAAGUAACGCAACGACGGGGCCGGGGUCUUUAAAGGAGGAUUUGGAUGAGAUUGCGAAAUUGGUUGAGAAGUGGCAGAGGCGGGAAGAGGAGKAUCCAUUCUUGACGCAGAAUACUACUACACUCUCCGAUCACAAGGACAAACGUUCGGAACCGUCGCCUGCUGCUGGUACGGAGCGUCGACGACAGGUUGUUGCGGGGGCUAGUAAGAUGACUGAUGAGGACAGUUGGACGAAACGAUUAGUUGGUUUGGCGGUUGUUGGUGCAGGUACUGGACUCUGGCUGGCUGGAUCAGUCUUGGGUCGAAAGGCUUGA